UUACCGUCAUCAUAUGGUAGCAGCCUACUUCACAGUAAAUCCUGCCACAGAGGCACCUUUAAGUUCUUUACUUCAUGUGUCUGUUAGGGAAGCUUGUCGGUCUCAGGCAAAAGUAAUGGGCUUUGCAGUUUCUGGUAUCUUGGAAAACAACCUUGACAACCAUGAAAAGGUGUAGGGCCAAAGCCACUUAACCCAUAGGCAUUCUGCCCAUAGAAGCAUUGGCAACGCAGCCCAGUGUUGCCAGAUGGCUUUAAACUUGUUGGCGUUUAAAAUUCCUCAGCUGCUUAGACAUAUGCCCUUCCUAAGAAUAAGUGUGAAGACGUUAGUGUCACUCUGACUCAUAGAAGAUGGUGUCACGAUUGAUGGAAGACCCUGCCUUGUGUGAGCAGAAAUGCUUUUUUAUUACUUUAAUAUUUAUUUAUUUUAAUUUUUAUACUUUCAAUGAUCUGCAAAGUUUCUGGCAAAACUAUUUGUCUAAAUACAGAAAAACUAAAAUGAUGUGGGUAUAAAAAAUAUAACAUGAUCUUGAUAUGAUUUGAUACUCCAGACAAAAAAAUAUACUCCAAGACAAUUAGCAUUUUUUUAGAACAUUUGUUUGCUUACGUUAGAUAUGCACAAAAAUGCGGCGGGACUUUUCAUGCUGGAGUUUGUGUUUGGCGUGCAAAGAGCUCCUAAAUAUAUCUUCCACAUAGGAGGAGUGAGGUCAGAGGAAAUCUCUAGUGAAGUCUUUAGGCUCAUUAAGGACGGGAUUGAUCUCUGCAACACCUACUGGAGCUGCCAAAGCUUCGGUUCUGCCAAGUGGCAAAGUAGAACUGUGUAGGCUGCAGGAUGCAACACCCCCGAUGCCCCCAACCCAAUUCCACUGGGGACCAUCGGAGGACAGCGCAACAAGUGUGUAGUCUGACAGGCCUCGCUAUUUGUUUAUUUAUUCAACACAUGUAAGCAAUAUGAUUCUGAGUCACAUUUGCAACUCAGACAUUUUAAAGGGAUAAUUGGGAAUAGGUUCAACAUUGGUUUUGUCCACUAAUUGGUCGUGUUUGAAUUAAUUAGGUUAAACUAGGCUAAUUAGGUUAAAGUAGGUUAGAGGAUUGUCCAUUUAUUACUUUGCUUCUCUAGACCUGCAUUUUCGCUCAUUUGCCUUGUUGCUGGUCCUCCUGAUACAACCAUGAAACGUGCAGCAUCAGUCGUCUAUUAUUAAAGUUCAGGGCAUCUCAUUAGUUCUGUGCUAUUUAUAGUAACUAGAAAUAAAAAAUAGAUUUGAUAAAUUACUUAAUUAGAGAACCAUUAUAACAAAAAUAAGCCCCUUCCUGUUCUUCUUCAAAACAAUGUAGUGUAAAAAAAAAAAUUUGCUUUAAACCGCAAGUGUUCACUUCUUUGUUUCCUUUCAUUAUUAAAGUCUGCCGCUCCAAACGCAGUGGUGCCCAUAAAGAAUUAGGUGCCUACUUGAAUUAAACUAUUUUAUGAACAGUGUGUAGCCAUUCAAAUUAAAAGUCCAUCUCUGUGUCUUUUCUCCCUUACAUUGUCUAUAAUGAAAGGAUUAGUGAAAACUCUCAGUACGAGCCAUUAUCUUUCAGACAAUAGAUUUUUUGAAAGAAAGUUUUGUCGAGGCUUCAUUAGCAAUGACCUCCCUCUGUGGUCUGAAUGCAGGACACAUUUGGAGCAAUUACUUGACCAGAAAACAACUGUCAGUCAUUCUUAAAGGGGAAGGAUUCCAAUUAAUAAACCUCUUAAACCCUUUGGUUUUACUACCAUUCCCCCGCAAGCUUUGGUGUCUUGUGUGGUUAAGGAGAGUUUUUCCAGAGGAGAACAAUAUUAUCUGUGCUUGUUGCUGAGGGCUCCCAACAGUCGCUCCUUUGCUCACUUGUGUGCAGGGGAUUUCAAGGACUUAACUGGGAGUAACAAGUGCCUACACUACAUGUUGUUAGUGUCAUUAGUCUACUUAUGGACUAUGUAGACACCAUGUGCGUUGCAGGAACCUGAAGAGCGCCGAAGAUGCAAGUUUGCUCUGCUUGUGUGGAAACACUAUAUUGAACGUCACAGAAGUUAUCCUUAAAGGAUACGGCCCCCAUGCUUCACAUAAAUCUGCCCCAUUGCACGUGAAGCAGAACCUAAAGCGCUCUGUACAACAGCUGCUUUGCUUAGUCCCACUUUGUCCCGUUCCAAUUUUUUCGAGGAGGAGAAAAAGUGUUUACAAAGGAUCGGAUGCAUUUGUCAAUGGAUGCCCUUGGAAUAGUGGACGAUAGUUGCCUGGACAACUAUGACAUUGCAAAAAAUGCCGGGUCGAGCAGUGGAGGCAGGGUCCACAGUAUUGAUGUCAUACUGGGAUUCACUAAAGACCAGGACCCUUUACUCCAUUCGGUAGGAGAUGGUGACAGCCAAAAAGCCAACGGAGAAAACCUACAUCACUCUGAAAAGCAGGUCCAGCUCGACCCAUACGGGCACCUUCCAGAACUGGGCGACAGCUCCCAGCAUUCUUCCUACCAUGAAUCUGACCUUUUCUCAGGUGACAAGUGUGAUGGAGAAAUGAGUGACCUGCAGAAGAGCGUGGACGAGGGCGAGGGGUCUCCAGAGACCUUAAAAGAGGAGGAGCACACUAAAAAGAAACACAGAAGAAAUCGCACCACCUUCACCACCUAUCAGCUUCAUGAGCUGGAGCGAGCCUUCGAGAAGUCCCACUACCCAGACGUCUACAGCCGCGAGGAGCUGGCGAUGAAGGUCAACUUGCCGGAGGUCCGAGUUCAGGUGUGGUUCCAGAACCGAAGGGCCAAGUGGCGACGUCAAGAAAAGAUGGACACUAGCACCAUGAAGCUCCACGAUUCCCCCAUGCUCUCCUUCAGUCGCCCCUCGAUGCCUCCCAACGCUUGUCCCGUGGGCAACUCGAUGCCCCUGGAUCCCUGGCUGACCUCGCCCAUCUCCAGUGCCACGCCCAUGCAUACCAUCCCGGGGUUUAUGGGCUCACCGCAGGGCUUGCAGCCUGCCUAUCCGAGCCAUGGCUUUCUCAACACCCCGUCUGGCAUGGUCCAAGGUAUGCAGCCCAUGGGCCCACCUGCUUACCAGUGCCCUCCCAGCUUCAACGAUAAAUACCCAAUGGAGGAUGACAGGAGUACCAGCAUUGCAGCACUCAGGAUGAAGGCCAAAGAGCACCUUCAGUCGAUGGAUAAAACCUGGCAGCACAUGUGAUGUGGCAGCGGCACUAUGGACGGAUUUCUGAGCUGCUCCCGUGAAUGUUUACAAACUGCUUUUCAACUGUUAGUUUCAUGUACCGAUGAAGAGGAUACAUGACACCAAAGGCGUUUGAGAGGCUGCUAUUUUUUUUCAAUAAGGCUAAUAAGCAACUCUCAAAUUGGACUUCUUGUGAUUUUUGUUUUGUUUUAAAAAUUCACUUUAAAAAUGUCAUUAAUUUUGACCAAACAAGGUUUUUGGUCGCAAGGAAUAAUGGUCAAAUCUCUGGUGGUCAUUAUUUUGGUUGAGCACGAGAUGUUUGGGAAUAUUCAUUUUUGUUUGAGUGAGAGAAAAUCUUAAACGUGAAUGUUUUGACACUUUAAAUUAGUGUCCUUGUUAAUUUUGUAUAUUUCUGACAAGUUUCAGACAUUAUACUGACACAAUGAAAUACAGCAUAGCAUAUGAGAGACUAAGUAGAGCCAUGUGGUCAGUAUUAGCAACAUUUUUCCAUUUAGAGUUAUUACUUUACAGAUUUCAAAACAUUUAUAUAAGUUUGCUGUCUUAAUCCAGUGGCGUUCUGACCUUUUUGUUGAAAUAUACGUUAGAAUUUCUGAAGCUAACUCUCACUACAGGUACCUGAGUGUAAGAUCGUCCUGUUCCCUUCAUGUGAUAACAUGAGGUUUACAUAAAUGGCCACUGAACUGCACUUUCAGGGUGUUUGUUGGUAUCUAAUCCUCAAGAAAUAGUUACUGUUGGUAUAAACUCGUUUUUUCCCCAUGUAUAUCUGAUUGGUUGGCUUUUUCACUUUGUCCAUUUUUAUUUUUUAUUUUUACUGUACUUUCAAAAAUGCAAAAAAGUUUCAUCUCUUUAUUGUAAUUUGGGUUAAAAAUCAAUAUGAUUGCUUUUUUUAAAUCAUUAAAAUUGCCUUUUGGAGAGCAUGGAGUCCGAAUGGGGGAGGUUAUCGGAAGUCAGAGAGCAUAAUCUGGUUCGAGGGCUAAUUUAAACAGACAAGCAUACCUCUUAACACCUAAUUACUGCUUUUAAAGCGAUUAACCCCGGAUUUUCAGCCAUAGACAGAAUGCCCUCAGAUGCCCCUGAAAACCCCUUUAAGAGACCCGAUUAACCCCCCCUCAAACUUGCUCGUUUACAUUAUUUCUAAUUUACAGAUACAACACUACAUACCAGUGUUAUUCUUCUACGGUCUUGAUCUUCAUCCUUAUUGGUAAAGGAUGCUUCUUAUUACAUUGUUGAUACAAUAGUCACUUGAGUCAAAUGGAUUUAAGUCGAGAAAGUUAAUGGUUGCUGGCAGCCCCUCGUACCUCUUGGAAAUAGCACAGUUUGAUAAAAACUGUUGGACCACAAAUGGGAGGAGAUGACAACGUGUUUCUUUUUUAUGUUUAUGCAUUAAACUGAUGUCGAAGGCUGCUGUGUUAGCAAAACAACCUUUUUCAUGAUUAGGAUUUCUUCUGUGGCUCUAAAUCAAUAAAUCAAAUGACAUUUUGUUCCAUGGACUCGAGGGAAAAGAUCUUGCUAAGCAUCUGCCCCAUCUCUUUAUCAAAAUGUGUCAUGACGUUAAAUUGAUCAAUACCUGAAUCAAUACGACUCCAUCGAUAAUACUGUCAUCAAUUAUCUGUAUAUCACAGCCUUUAGAAAUGGCAUCAUCCACAGUUGUAUAGGUUUUGCUGUUUGUUUUGUUUUAAUCCCUGUUCACACCGGUGGACGAAAAGGCCAAAGAAAUAAGAAGGACAUUUUCCUUUUACUAGAAGAAACAUUUAUAAAUAUUUGUGGAUGUUUGUUAUUUUUUUCAUCAGUUUUCAGUAUCAUUGUAUACUAAUUUCUAGUUCUUCCAAGUUUUUAAACUGUGAUAUCCCUUUUUCCAUGUGCAAAACAUAGAAUAAAGUUACAGUAGCACUACUGUAGAAGCAC